AUGGCCGCGACAAUCCUCUACAAGACAGUCUGGAGCGUCUGCACCCACUACAAGAUCACUCCCAAGCCCCUACUGACCAGCCAGCAACUCCGCGAGGGCCAGGAUGGCAUCCGCAUCGCCAGGAAGCGGUCCCUCGUCCCGGACACCACUCCCUACGCCGCCGCCGCCGCCGACGACAACAGCAUCUUUCCCUUCUGCUGUGGCCCCUACAACAGCACCAAGCCGCCGAAGCCCGACCGCCUGACCACCGACGUCGUAUACGGCUGGUGCGACCGCUGCGUCGAGAUCUACAGGCCCUUCUCCAGGAUGCACUGCACCGAGCUGCGCAGCGAGGCCGCCGUGCUCGGCUUCUGGGCCUACAUGUCCCGGCACAACAUCUCCACGGCCGUCAAGCCGGGCGUCGUGCCCCCGACCGCCUUCCUCACCGAGCCGGGCGGCAGCAGGCGGGAGGAGACCCGCCGCCGCAUGGAGUGCCUGGCGCUCGGCGCCGCGCUGCGCCGCAACACGACCAGGCGCGCCGACGAGAUGGUCGAGAUGGUCGAGUGGGUGCGCAUGGAGACGCUGCGGUGGGCGGUGAGCGGCACCUGGGAGGAGUACAAGCGGCAGCUGCUCCUCGAGAUGCACGCCGGGUACCCUGAGCAUCCCGGAUUGCCCCGAGAGGACGAGGACGAGGGCCGGGGCGCAACCGGGGUGGUUAGCGAGCAGCCCCGGCGACACGAGCAGAUGCAGAUGCAGAUGCCUGGCAUGCCAGCGCCGACCGCGAUCCCGCCCCCGCCGCAGAGAGCGCUGCCUGCGCCGCCGCCGCGCGCGGUGAAGAAGAGAAAGCUGGAGACGGACGCCCCUCGCCCGGGAUGCUCCGGCGGCGGUCCACCGAGAGCCCCUACUUCUCGCUUCGCCAGCAUCGACUGGGACCCGCCUGCGGCACCAGCGGCCGCGGUGCUCAACGAUGGCCGUCAUCCUUCCUUCAGGCGUAAGCCCCUGCCUCCCGGCGCCAGAGCCAGGCCCGCGGCUUCCAAGACAGUCUCGAGCGGGAGAAAGCUAACCAAGCGUCACCCGGCCGCCGAGAGCAAGGCCCGAGAGACGACGCAGGCCAGCCACGUCAUGAGCGACACCGACGGCACCAUUCCCUUCAUGAUGCUCCCCCACUCCCCGCCACCGCCCUCGAAGAAGCCCGCGCCGUCUCCUCCCAGCGAAGUGUCGUCGAUAUCGUCGUUGUCGUUGUCGGAUGAUACCCCAUCGUCGCAGAGCGGGACCCACGCGCCGCAGCAGCGAGACCACCUCGUGCCCUCAAGCAGCAAGCAGAUUAAGGAUCUCUUCAGCUCCGAUGGGUCGAGCGAAGUCUCGGGCCUGACGUCGGAGGCCUCCUCGGUGAUGCAGUACCCCGGCAGCAUCGACGCCAUCUGCAAGAAGGAGAAUCAGAAGAAGAAGGACGAGAGGGGCGAGACGAGAUACGGCGGCGCCGUGGCGCCCAAGGUAGGCGAGGCCAAGGCGGGACAACACGCGCCUGUGGUGAGCACGCAGCCCUAUCGUAGCCCGGAUAAGGCCGGCGUGCCGCUGCCGCGCCAGGAUGAUGCGCCAUCUACUAAACAGCGAGCGGCAGCUCUUGAGAAGCAGGCGGCAACUCUUAGGAAGCAGGCGGAAACUCUUAAGAAGCAAGCUAAAGCAUUUAAGAAGCACGCGAAACCUACCAAGAAACGAGCGGAAUCUUCCAGCAAACGGUUGGCAUCCACUAUCUCAGGAUCAUGGCUUAGUGCCCUUUUCACGCCGGUAGGACCAUACUAG